UUUGACAUCCGAUCUUUUGGUUCGGUGUGAGUUGUGUUUUGAUCAUUGCGUAAACAUUCCGCAAUUUCUGCACCAGAAUUUGCGAGUAAAUUUUUAUAAUAAUUAUUUUGUGAAUAAGUUUCCAUUGUUGAUUGGUACAAAUGUUCCUGCGACCCUUCGAAAUGUUAGCCAACGUGCUACGUGUGAUUCCCAAACGAGCUAUCCACCAAAGUGCAACUUUGCUCAAGGUUGAAGAUCGCAAAGCCAUGCUCGCUUCCGUGCCCAGCAAAGACGAUGGCACGGUCGGUGAACGAGUUAUCGAUAUCGAUGCACUGAUUAACAAAAAAGAUAAGAUCUUCCCGGAUGCCAACACACCGACGACCCUGUUCAAUGGCAUUCCUUUCAACGAGAUUCCGAUCUGCAAUAUCCGAGUGUCGCCGAACAACACCAUCAUCACGAUAUGCGAUGCCAAGGGGGUGCCCCAGUUCAUACGGUCCUGCGGCAUCGAGGGGUUCAAGAAUACCCGCAAGGGGACGAACAUCGCGGCACAAGCCACGGCCAUCAGCAUCAGUACGAGAGCGAUUGAACGUGGUUUCAAGAACGUGCGGGUGACAGUUCGAGGGCUUGGUCCGGGGCGGAUGUCGGCAAUCAAAGGAUUGGAAAUGGCUGGUAUGAAUAUUGUGUCGAUAACGGAUACGACGCGUGUGUCGUGGAAUCCACCGCGACCUCGGAAACAACGGAAACUAUAAAGAAGGUAUUUGCUUUUGCAAAUGUUAUGAAAAUCAACCAGCAUUUCAAUGUUCAUAGA